AUUCACUCCAACAUUUUCAGACAAAUUGCCUUCCCUGUCCCUCUCUCUCUCCCUCCCCUCAUCUUCUCUCUUCGAGUCUUCGUCUUCUUCCAUACAGCUUGUGACGUUUAAGCCUAUAUAUAUUCUUCUUCUUCACACACAAGCCCACAAACACAGAAAUUUACACCCAGGAAAUAAAAUGAGGCUGUUGUCCACAAAAGCCGCGUGCAAUAGUCACGGCCAGGACUCUUCAUACUUCCUGGGAUGGCAGGAAUACGAGAAGAACCCUUACGACGAGGUCAUGAACCCCGAAGGAAUUAUUCAGAUGGGUCUCGCAGAGAAUCAGCUGUCUUUUGAUCUCUUGGAGUCAUGGCUAGAAAAGAACCCGGACGCGGCUGGACUCAAGAGAGAUGGUAAAUCCAUAUUCAGAGAACUCGCUCUCUUCCAAGACUACCAUGGUCUCCCUGCUUUCAAGAACGCAUUGGUGGAUUUCAUGGCCGAGAUUAGAGGAAACACCGUCACUUUCGACCCCGACCACAUCGUCCUCACCGCCGGCUCCACCUCCGCCAACGAGACCCUCGUCUUCUGCCUCGGUGAACAAGGCGACGCCCUUCUCAUUCCCACCCCAUAUUACGCUGCAUUCGACAGAGAUCUCAAGUGGCGAACCGGGGUUGAGAUCGUUCCGAUUCAAUGCACGAGCUCCAAUAACUUCCAAAUCACUGAAUCUGCGCUGCGACAGGCCUGCGAGGAUGCACAAAAGCGCAACCUCAGGGUGAAAGGCGUGCUUGUCACGAACCCCUCAAACCCAUUAGGCACGACAUUGUCUCAGGAUGAAUUGAAUCUCCUCGUCGACUUUAUAAACGAGAAAAAUAUUCACUUGAUAAGCGAUGAGAUUUAUUCCGGGACCGUUUUUAGCUCGCCAUCCUUCAUCAGCGUCAUGGAAAUCCUGAAGCAAAGAAAUUACCACAAGGAUUCCCACCCUGAUGUAUGGGACAGAGUUCACGUCGUGUACAGUCUCUCAAAAGACUUGGGCUUGCCGGGUUUCCGUGUCGGCGCCAUUUACUCUGAAAACGACACCGUGGUGGCCGCGGCGACAAGGAUGUCCAGCUUCGGUCUGAUCUCUUCGCAGACUCAGUAUCUCCUCUCUGCCUUGCUCGGAGAUAAGAAAUUCACCAAGAAGUACCACUCCAAGAACCAGAAGAGGCUGAAACGACGCCAGAGCAUGCUCGUUUCAGGCCUGCAGAAAGCAGGUAUCAACUGCCUCAACAGCAAUGCUGGACUAUUCUGUUGGGUCGACAUGAGACACCUUUUACAGUCCAACACCUUCGACGCAGAGAUGGAGCUGUGGAAGAAGAUAGUGUACCAAGUCCGAUUAAACAUCUCGCCCGGCUCCUCCUUCCAUUGCUCCGAACCAGGCUGGUUCCGGGUCUGCUUCGCCAACUUGUCACGAGACACUCUCAAUUUAGCUAUCAAGCGAUUGAAGAGCUUCGUUGCCGAGUCAUCAGGCGGAGCUCAGCGUCAGAGUUAUGAAAGUUCAAAAACCAGGUCACUCUCCAAAUGGGUUUUCCGGCUAUCCUCACGUGUUUGUGAGCAAGAAGAACGAUAGUCUGGUCACGUGGUCGUUGGUGUGAACGCAUGCAAUUUUUUUCUUUUUCCCUCCCGAUUAUUCUCGGGGAGUGUUAGAAUAUUUUUAUCAUUAUUUUAUCUUUUACCGUCAGUUGUACGUAGACGGAGAGAGACACACAGAAAAGCACUCGGUCCAUUGCGGAUUUGAAGUGUGAAGUUUAGUCAGAUAUAGUUCAAAUAUUUCAUUUUUCUGUAAAGUUAUUGGAAAUGGAAAUUCUUCACUGUAUUGUCAAUUAAAAGUUCUAUAUAUAAUAUAUAUGAUUAAGAUUAA